CAUCUAACCAUUACCAAGAUCUUACAUAUCUACCAUAUUUCCUUCACAUACGCUAUCUUCAUCUCUGAUUUCAUUCUCAUCACUUCCAAUAUGAUGAUUUUGGGUGGAAGGUCCCUUCAACUUGUCUAUGCACUCCUGAUUUUCCUGUAUAUGCAAACUUCUAUCGGAUUCAAUUCAACAACUGGUGAUUAUGAAAUUAGGUGCAUAGAGAGUGAAAGACAGGCGCUUCUUGCAUUUAAGCAAAGUCUAGUUGAUGAAUAUGGCAAGCUUUCUUCAUGGGGCAGUGAAGAAGAGAAAAAAGAGUGUUGCAAAUGGGAAGGAGUUCAAUGUAGUAACACAACUGGUCACGUCACCGUGCUUGAAGUUCCUUGGUUAAAAGGUAAUCUUAGUCCUUCCCUAUUUGAGUUGUACCAUUUAACUUAUUUAGACCUCAGUUGCACUGAUUUCAACUUAAGUCCUGUUCCAGAGUCUAUUGGUUCCCUCAACAAAUUACAACAUCUUGUUCUUUGUUUUUGUAAUUUAAGUGGAUCUCUUCCUAGUCAGCUUGCAAACCUCACAAGUUUGCAGUCUCUUGAUCUUAGGUAUAACAAAUUCGACAUAAAAAAUCUUGAGUGGCUUUCUCCUCUUUCUUACUUGCAAUACCUUGAUCUGAGUGGAAAUGACCUUACUAAGGUCAACAAUUCCUGGCUAGAGGUAAUUAAUAAGCUUCCUCGUCUAAACAUCUUAUAUCUAUGUGGAUGUAAUCUUCCAUAUGUCCUUCCUCAAUCUAUCCCCAUGAUUAAUACAUCUACUUUGCUCGCUGUCCUUGACCUAAGCUCUAAUAAUCCGAGUGCUUCCACAUUCCAAUGGUUGUCCAAAUUCAACAAGAGCCUUGUUAGUCUCAACUUGUCUGACAAUUCUUUUCAAGGUUUGAUUCCAGAAAAUCUUAGUUACAUGACUUCUCUGGAAACCCUAGAUCUCAGUGACAACCAAUUUGAAGGAGGGAUUCCAAAAUCCUUUGGGAACCUGUGCAAAUUAAGGUCCUUAAACCUAUCUAAUAACAAUCUAGACGAAAUGCUUAAAGAACUUAUUGGUAACUUAUCUGGAUGUCUACGACUCUCCUUGGAAGGAUUAUAUUUGGAUGAAAAUAAAAUUAAGGGACCACUGCCUGAGAUGAUAAAGAACUUCUCCUCAUUGCGAUGGUUAUCUCUUUACAAUAAUAAACUGAGUGGUACUGUGCCCAAAAGUAUUGGACUCCUGUCAAAGCUUGAGUGGUUAGGAAUUUCUUCCAAUUCUUUGAAUGGGACGAUCACUGAAUCACACUUCUCAACACUAUCUAAGUUACGGGGCUUGGACAUGUCUUUUAAUUCUUUGAGCUUCAACUUUAGCCGUGACUGGAUUCCACCAUUCCAGUUGGAUGAGAUAGAACUUGCGUCGUGCAAGUUGGGCCCAAAGUUUCCAAGAUGGUUAAAGACCCAGAGAAACUUUUCUAACCUUGAUAUCUCUGGGAAUGAGAUUUCAGAUGGCAUCCCAAAGUGGUUUUGGAACCUAUCUUCUAGAGCAUUUCAUGUGAAUCUUUCUUCCAAUCAUCUCUAUGGAGUUUUGCCAAAUUUUUCAACUACAAAAUUUGCUGAUUCUUUUAGCCUUGGGAUAGAUUUGAGUAAAAAUAAGUUGGGGGGUCCAUUUCCAGUAUUCCCUAUUAAUGUCACAUACAUAAACCUAUCAGAAAAUAGGUUUUCUGGGUCAAUUUCUUCUCUCUGUACUAUAACUAGUGGGAACCUUGUGGUCCUUGAUGUUUCACACAAUCAACUAUCUGGAAAGCUUCCUGAUUGCAUGACACGAUCAACAAGUUUGCUGAUUUUGAAUUUGGCUAAAAAUAAUUUAUCUGGGAAAAUUCCAAGCUCUAUUGGAUCUUUGUCUCGCCUUAAAUCAUUACAUUUGCAAAACAACAAUUUCUCUGGAGAAAUACCUGGGGCUCUAGGAAAUUGCAGUGCCUUGCAAUUUUUGGACUUGAAUUAUAAUAGCUUCUCUGGAAUAAUACCAGUUUGGAUUGGAGAAAGGCUAAGUUCACUUAAUUUCCUUCUUCUGAGAUCCAAUAAUUUCAGUGGAGACAUCCCCUUGCAACUAUGCUGGUUGACAAAUAUUACGCUGCUAGACCUCUCCAACAACAAUCUAUCUGGAACCAUACCCCAGUGCAUCCAGAAUCUGACUGCAUUAGCUCGAAAGGAGAGUUUAGCCCAUGAUCAUAAUUCCUGGUCCGAACGAAGCUAUGCUUACAAUGCAUCCGUAAUGUGGAAAGGAACGGAGCGUGAUUAUGGGAAUGGAAAUCUCAAGAAUCUGAGGAUCAUUGAUCUUUCAAGCAACAAAUUAACAGGAGAGAUUCCUAUCCAGACAUCGGUUCUCUUCAAACUGGUUCAACUGAACUUAUCAAGAAAUCAGUUGACAGGAAAGAUUCCUCCAGAUAUUGGGCAAAUGAGAGACUUAGAAUCACUCGAUCUGUCACAUAACCGGCUUUCAGGUCAACUUCCUUGGAGCAUGUCCCAAUUAAAUUUCCUCAGCACUUUGAAUCUGUCAUACAACAACUUUUCAGGGAGAAUCCCAUCAUCAACCCAGAUGCAGUCCUUUGAUGCUUCUUCAUUUGUUGUUAAUCCUGCACUCUGUGGGCUUCCUCUGACACCAACUUGCCCGGGAGAUGAAAAAUCAAAGAGCAAACCAACAGACAGUGGUGGCAAAGACAAUCAAGAAGACAAAUCUGAAUUUUGGAAAUCAUUUAAACUGGGAUUGGAACUUGGAGGGGCAAUCGGUUUUGUGGAAGUUUUGGCUAUGAAGUUUGAUCAUCCAUGGAAACAUGUCUGUUUCCUAUUGUUCAACAACGUGAGGAUCCGGCUCAGCAACUUGAAGGACUGCCUUUAUUUACUUGUAGCAGCAGUUGGUUCGAUGGUGAGAGGGCAUGUAUCUCGAUUGGGAAGAAAGUUGAAGUUGUUUGAGCCAUCAGUCUCUUCCUAGGGGCCAGAGAAGGUUCAAGAUGUUUCAUGUUGGACGGAUGUCUUCUCCUCUUUCCACGUCAAUAAGUCCAAGCUGAGCUGGGCAUUGUUUCUUCUUAAUUUUUCAGUGUGUAUGGGUGAAAGUUCUGUUUAAAUUAAAUGGUUGUGCUUUUU